AUGACAUCCAACGCCGUAUACAGUCCCCCAGUGGAAGCAAGCAAAAGCGCGGCUAUGGAGUCCCCAAUGGUUUGCAAAGAGUACCCAACCAAGGCCGCCAUGCUACUUCAUGAUACCAUAGAGGUCAAUGGCCAUCCCCAAUCGCUCUCUGACAGCCAUGAAAAGGAACUUCCUAACGGUACCACGUGGAUUGUCCAAAAAUUCGGAGGCACAAGUCUUGGCAAAUUUGCUGCGACUAUCGCUGAGGACAUUGUAUUGUAUGUUAGUCCGACCACAUCCGAUUCGUCACAGACUGAUCGCAACAGGCCAGGCCUCAAGCAACACCGAGUUGCUGUUGUCUGUUCGGCGAGGAAUAGCAAAAGUAAGAGUGAUGGCACCACUAACCGUCUCUUGCGCGCCGCUGAAAAUGUUCUCGUGGCCGAUCCGCGCAAGUAUGUCGACAUCGUCGAGGGUUUGCAUCGGGACCAUGUGACCGCUGGCCAAGAAACGUUACAGGACAAAGAAAUUCUGAAGCAGUAUAUUGCCCAAGUGAAUUGGGAAUGCCACAACUUGCUUAAUAUUCUAGAUAGCGCACGAUUCCUCAGGGCCGUCACAAAUCAGACUAGGGAUAUGAUUAUUGGCGUAGGGGAAAAGUUGAGUUGCCUGCUCAUGACAGCCCUCCUGCAGAUCAAAGGCGCCAAUGCUGUCUACGUCGAUCUCAGUGACAUUACCGACCGCAGCUCAACUGCCAUGGCUUCGGACGAGGAACUUUAUAGGGAGCUCGCUCGCCUCAUUCGCAUCGAGAUCCUGGCCCUUGGCCCCAACGUCGUCCCCGUCAUCACCGGAUUCUUUGGCAAAGUUUCAGGCGGUCUGCUCGAGCAGGUUGGUCGAGGCUAUACGGAUCUUUGCGCGGCAGUCGUUGCCGGUGGACUCCAAGCUCUCGAAUUGCAAAUUUGGAAGGAGGUCGAUGGGAUCUUCACCGCCGACCCUCGAAAGGUCUCCCAGGCCCGCCUCCUCAACUCCAUCACCCCAGCCGAAGCGGCCGAGUUGACCUUUUACGGCUCCGAAGUAAUUCAUCCCUUCACUAUGGAUCAAGUCAAUCGCGCAAAUAUCCCAAUCCGUAUCAAAAACGUCAUGAAUCCACAUUCUAUUGGCACUGUAAUCCACUCAGACCCAGCAGAUACCACCUUGGCCAAACUAAAACCGACACUGUUUCGUAACCGCUCAGCCUCGACUCUUCUCGGCGUCGAGCCAAAACGACCGACGGCAGUCACAGCCAAGCCUCAGAUUACGGUGCUUAACAUACACUCCAACAAACGGACCAGAGCGCACGGCUUCCUCGCUUCUAUCUUCUCCAUCCUCGACCAAAACGGCCUUUCGGUCGAUCUCAUCUCCUCGUCCGAAGUCCAUGUUUCCAUGGCCAUUCAUUCGGAAAACACGCGCCUCGCUGCUCUGUACGGCGAGGACAACCUCCAGAUUCAAUCGGAAGCCCUGCGACGUGCGGUCGACAGUCUCAAAGCUUGGGGCGACGUGGACCUCGUGCCCGACCUGGCCAUCAUCUCCCUCGUCGGGCGCCAUCUCCGGGGUAUGAGGGGCAUCUCGGGUCGCUUCUUCAACACGUUGGGUGAACACGGCAUCAACAUUGAGAUGAUAAGCCAGGGCGCCAGUGAGAUCAGCAUUGGUUGCGUGGUCGAGGAGCAGGAGGCGACUCGUGCGCUGAAUGUCGUACAUGCCAAGCUGUUUGGUGCAUUUCCAGACUGA